AUGUCGCGCCAACUCGUUGAUGUCGUCCUGGCUGGGCUGUUACCCUUGACCAUCUUCGUACAUCUUUAUCUCGCUCCUUUUACUAAAGUGGAGGAAAGUUUCAACAUACAAGCUAUUCACGAUACUUUGAUUCAUGGCAUUCCAACAAGCAAUCCUGCUGCCUUCUUCAAAUCGCAUUAUGACCACUUCACCUUUCCCGGUCCUGUGCCUCGCACUUUUGUUGGUGCUGUCGUCAUGUCCGGCUUGACUAGACCUUUGCAGAUAAUCUUCAACAUGUUACCGACCGAAGGCAUUGACAAGUUUAAUUUUCAGAUUGUUGCCAGAGGAGUGCUUGGACUGCUGAAUGCAGCAGCUCUCAUCCGAUUCAAGCGCGCAAUCGACACAGCAUACGGCAAAGUGGCAGGAAGAUGGUACAUCAUACUUCAAGCCUCGCAGUUCCAUGUCAUGUUUUACGCAUCACGCACCCUGCCCAACAUGUUUGCUUUCAGCAUUACAACCUUGGCGUUGGCCAGUCUUAUCUCUGCUCAGGCAGUUGCGACACGCACUGAAAAGAGCUCCAAGCGCAGGCGUCUAGCUCUCUACCUUCUUACCGCUUCAGGCAUCAUUUUCCGAUCAGAGAUAGCUAUUCUGCUGGCCAUGCAAACUCUAUACUUGCUGCUUCAAGGUCGCACUUCUUUGCUCAACGAGGUCAUUCCUGCUGGACUCUGUGGCGUGAUCAUUGGACUUGGUAUAACUGUCUCGGUAGAUUCUUACUUCUGGCAACGCUUCCCAUUGUGGCCAGAGUGGAUCGGCUUCGUCUACAACACCAUUCAAGGGAAAUCCUCCGACUGGGGUGUGAGUCCAUGGCACUACUACUUUGUCAAUGCCAUCCCUCGUCUUUUACUGAAUCCAAUUUCUUGGUCUCUCUGUAUUCCUCUUGCUCUGGUCAAUCGCGCAACCCGCAAAUCCAGCUUGGACAUUAUCAUACCUCUCCUCGCUUUCGUGGCUAUUUACAGCAUCCUGCCCCAUAAGGAGUGGCGCUUCAUCAUCUACAUCAUCCCAGGACUUACCGGUGUAGCAGCUGCAGGAGCAUCGUGGAUAUGGACUCGCCGAUUCAAGACCUUUAUCUACCGCCUCCUGAGUUUGGGCCUCAUCUGCUCGACUUUGCUGUCUUUCGCAGGUAGCUUGAGCUUGCUCUACAUCUCCAGCUUGAACUAUCCCGGCGGCGAAGCUCUCACACGUCUUCACGAAAUCGUGCCAAGCGGUAGCGGUAGACAAGGCCAGGCAUGGGUGUACAUGGACAACUUGGCCUGCCAAACUGGUGUCACACGUUUCCUGGAGAAAGAUGCAGGAUCAACAUUCAUGUACGACAAGACGGAGAACCAGACAACACUCUUGGACCCUGGCUUCUGGCAGAAAUUCGACUAUGUGCUUGCCGAAGACCCUAAGCGCAUCAUCGGCAGCUGGGAGGUCAUGGAAACGGUAUAUGGGUACUCUGGCAUUGGUCUUGGUAGAUUGGCGGCAGAUCAAGACAGUGCGCCUCCUCUUUCAGCGCGCGGUGUCUUCACUCAACCUCUGAACAUGCUGCUUCAGACAUACAAUAUGGUCGCACGAACAGCAAGCCAGAAGCUGACUGGUGGGCGAUGGCCCGUCGUCAAGAUGGAACCAAAGAUCUACAUCUUGAAAGCACAAUAA